GGGCCUAUUUGUGUUCGAGAGAGCUCGCUGUUCGAAGUUGGUAGACGGUGAUAAUGCGAUCCUGACCAGGGUUCGAGCUGUGUUCCGAACUCGGUGCAUGUGUGUGAAUAGCGUGCGACAUCUUGCGGACGAAUAACUUAGGGCCGGUGACCUUCGGCCAGAAACUGGGCGACAGCAGUCGUGAUGUACUCCUGUCCAACGUUCCGAUCCUGGUGCGGCACAGAGGGACGUCUAUCGGCCGAUCGUGAGGCAAGAGCCGGGGGCAAUUCAGCAAGUGGGAAUGCCGAGACGGUGGUCAGCCACACUACCACUGUGUUCAUGGCAUCAUCCUCGUCCGUUGUACCCUCCUCCACGUCACAAGCGAGCAGAAAUAACCAUAUGAGGGAAGACAUGUUAGAGAAUCAGCAGCAGCACCAGCAGCAGCAGCAGGAAGUCUAUCAGGACGGCAGGAAUGCAGAUUUUGACGAAGAUAACGCUGAAGGUGCUAGGGGAGGUACCCCUAAGUCUGGAAUUGCUUUUGUUGGCAUCAACACUGACCCGAGGAUUUCCGUGUUCAAUCUCGCUAAUUCAGCCAUAGGGUCAGGUAUGCUGGCGUUCCCCUACGCUUUCAAACACUUGGGAAUUGGUGGUGGGUGUAUGUUCAUGCUCUUUGUCUAUCUGUUGGAGAUUCUAUCCCUGGUCGUGACCGUCCGAGCGGCUGCCUAUUUUGGUUGCCCCACGUUCCAGGACCUUGUUGGGGUCACUCUCGGGCCCUGGCUCAGCGUCAUCGUGAAUGCACUCAUCCUCGUCAAGAUCCUAGGCGCGUUGACGUCCUACUUAAUUGUGACGGGGGAUAUCUUUCACCCUCUCGCGGUGCGAUAUCUGGACUCAGACCUGUCGGGAUCGCUGUACGUUUUGACCGACAGAGGAGUACUGAUCACCGCGAUCGCGACCAUGGUCCUGCUUCCUCUGUGUUUGAAACGCACUCUUCAGUCGCUGAAGUACAGCGGCUUCUUGUCCGUCACCAUGCUGUCGUAUCUAGCCUUAACUCUUCUCGCGGUAGGACUGCAGAACCUGGUCAGCCUCCGAGGUCGCGUACCCGAACACGUGGAGUACUUCAACUUAGACCGCAAGGUGUUCACGUCCGUCGGGAUUUUCAUCUUCGCGUUUAAUUGCAACGUCCAGUGCGUGCCAAUCUUUGCAGAGCUGAGCGACAGGGCGGCACCGCUGUGCGACACCGAUCGGCUGAAGCUUGGUUCGAGGAUGGAAUCCCCGCGCGGUCAGCAGGAGGAGGAGGAGGAGGAGGAGGAGGAGGAGCAGAGGCGCAAGGAACAGGAUGGGCAGCAACGCCCCGAAUACCUGGCCGUUGACAUUGCUGCGCAAGCUGGAGGUGCCACAGGUGCGGAGCUCGAAUCCCGCCGGGAUGAGGAGGAGGAACAGCGGAGGCGCAAGGAACAACGAUCCGACUACCAGCUCGUUGACGUUUCUGAACCAGGUGAAGGUGCGGGGACCUGGCCCGAAUCCCGCCUAGGUGAGGAGGAGGAACAGCAGAGGCACAAGGAACACCGAACCCAGUACCAGCCCGUUGACGUUUCUGAACCAGGGGAAGGUGCGGGGUUCGAGUCCGUCGGCAAUCGUCAGGUCAAGUCAAAUUCGAAGGCACAAAAGGAGCAGCAACUUGAACAGCACCAGCGGGAAGAGGGACACCAACAGCAGCAGCGGGAGGAUGUCCCGCUCAGCGGCUUUGACCGACGACCGGAUGAUCACAUGGCAGCAGAGCCUCUGCCUGCUCGACACGUGGCGCAAGCUGAAGCAACAACAGCUGUCGUGGAGCAGCAGCCUCACCGGCGGCAGCUCACCGGUUCUCUCCAACUUGAAGGCGAGUUUGAACACAGGUUGCCCCAUCAGGUUCCAGUUCCAUGUGGUCCCACUGCUGACACUUGCGGGCCCAUCGACGUGCCCAAGAAGUGGGGUCGUAAGGUAGCAAUCAUGGAUCAAGUCAUCUGUGCUUCAACGGGUAUCUGUGCUGUGGCUUACGGCGUCGUGGGCAUUUUUGGGUACUUAAUUUUUCCGGACGUGAAGAGCGAUGUUCUGUGCAGCUUCGGCCACGAGGAUUUACGUCUGAACCUGGUCCGAUACGGAAUGGCCGUGCUGGCGACCGUGGCGUAUCCGGUGAACCACUUCGCUACCAGGUCUAUGUUAAGGGACCUGGUCAUUCAAUUACUAGGGGUACCUAGCAGUGUCGCAAUCCACGCUGAAGAGUCGGAUCUUGUUCACGUGGUGCUCUCCGUUGGCUUGUUGGCCAGCACUGUGGCCGCUGCUAUGUCUAUACCUGACAUUGGCAUAAUAAUGUCCGUGGUGGGAAGCACCAGUGGGGUUCUAGUCGUCUUCAUCAUACCUGGUCUUUUGUUGGUCUCAGGUUUUGAUCCCUGGACCCCACCUGGACAUCCUCUUCGUCCUCCUCCUCCUCCCGCUCCUCCACCUCCUCCCCCUGCCCAUCCCCUUGCUGCUGCACUUGCUGCUCGGCGAGGUUUCGAUCCCUGGACGCAUAUUUUUUGUCCUCUUGUGACUUGUCCACGUGAGUCACGUGACUCUAUCCUUUCGCCGCUUCUGGGAGAUUCGCAAGAAGCACGUGAACAAAAUGGCGAAGCUGUAAAACAGCAGAGGAGAUCCUCCACCGCUGACGCGAGUUCGAGUUCACGUCCAUCUGCAGCAUCCGCCGUCGAGACGUGGUCGCCCCCUUUGUAUAACGUUGUUCACUGGAUAGAAGAAGAGCACCGUGUCGUAUGCCCAGACGACGACAGCGCUCCGCCUGGGGUGAGCGUAACAGUCUUGGCUAUGGCAUUUAUGGGUAGGCGACUGCAAUUCCAGCCUGCUCCGCAAAACCACGAUCCAGGCACGGAUCCGAAUAUUCGGGCACAUAUCUUAUAUCGUCCAGGUCACUUCAGUGCUCUUACCUUUGCAGAUAAUUCAUGGGCCCCAUGGGACAAUGGCGGUAGGGUGCACACUGUGGGAAAUAUUAACUUUUUCCAUCAGCGAAUGCUGGAGGGUCACUCAGUCUGGAUCAUCCAUCAGGAACAGUAUGUCGAUGAGCAUUUGCAAGCACUGCACCCCCCGGAGAGCAAUCCUGCUGAUUCUACCACAAACAGUGAAAGGACCUCUCCACAGGAUGAUGGUUGUGCCCUCAGAGGAUGUGGAAGCAGAAUUCAAUGGCGUCAAAGAGCUGCACGUUUGGAGCCCAGGAACAUCAACUUUGGCCCCAGCUUCGUAAAGCGCAGAACUGCAGGACGGUGCAGAAUGCCGCAGAAGAGGAGAGUUGAGUUCGCAUCGUGGGGGUUGAGCAUGAUGUAUACUGCUGCCACUGCUGCUGAUUAGGGUCGUUGUUGAGGGAAAGACUGCUGAGUGCAGUCUGAUGGGACUAGAAGAGAUUGGGGGUGCAGGUCUCAUCACGGUGCGUUGCCAACAAAGAGCUGAACAAAGA